AUGGUGUAUACUGAACAUGGAACUACUAGACUCCAUACAUACUUUAUGUCUCCAAAUAAGGUCGUAUUGGAAGAAAUCAAUGAGCCUAUUUCUCCGGAACUCAAUCGAAAAAAGUUUACAAGUACAGAGGUAGGAUCAUGUAGUAGAAAAUUGGACUUGAAUGAGAACUAUGACUUUUCUAGGUCUGUUGUACCUUUUGGACAUUUUGAUAGAGAUGUAUUGAAAGAUGUUGGAGUUCAGCCUGCAAGUGAGGAGCUUAACAAAGCCCAAGAUGUUGGACCCUUAGAAGACUUUGAUCCUUUCUUUUAUAUGGAUCAUAAUGAUUACCAACAGAUGGGGGACGAUGAUUACCAACAGAUGGGGGACAAUGAAGAAAUUGGAGAUGCUAUUAGUGAUGAGACUAGUACCAAUGGAAGUAUAAGCGAGGAUAGUGACUUUUUAGUGGAUGAACUUAAUAUGGUGGAGGAUGUCGAAGUGAAUAUGAAAGACUUCCACAGUGGUGUUUAUUCUUUUCCAAAUCUAGAUAACCACCAAUCAUUCAAUGCACCUGAUGUCACAGUUGAUGACGAUUUGGAGGUGAUAGAUACACAAUUGUUUGAAUCAGCUGGUGUAGAAGAAGAUGAGAGGAAGAAGUUAAUGAGAAGGUUAAACAAACCAACCACGUGUUCAUCAGGAGUAGUACAUGAAACUGCAUUCUAUCUGGGUCAAAUAUUUAAGUCCUCAUCAAAAGCGAAGGACUACAUUAAAAUGCAUUCAAUUCGAACUAGGAGAAACAUUUAUUUUGCAAAAAAUGAUAAACAAAGAAUUAGGGCAAAAUGCAGGGGUGUGGUCCCAGAAAUGACAGGUGGGCCAUGGACAAAAAGUAGAAUCAAAUGCAAGGACAAAACAGUAAGUUCACAAAAAGCUACAUGCCCUUGGGUGGUAUUAAUUUCUAGAUCUGAUGAAGAAAGCGAUUGGAUGGUGAAAACUUUGGUUCAUGAGCAUAGAUGUGUGCAGUCAAGAUCUAUUAAAGCGUGUACUUCUAAGUUUCUUGCAACCACCAUUCUUCAACAAGUGGAAGGAAACCCAACUAUCCCAGUCAAAGCUUUGCGUGUAGAGUUACAAAAGACAUACGAGGUGGGGAUGUCAAGAAUGAAGUGUAACCCAGGAACAACUGUGAAGAUUGAUGUAUACAGUGAACCAAAUGCAAACUUGGAAACUAGGAUGUUUAAGAGAAUUUAUGUCUGUUUAGGUGCAUUAAAACUGGGUUUUAAGGCAGGUUUAAGAGAUUUCUUAGGAUUCGAUGGGGCUUUCAUGAAGGGACCUUACCCUGGACAGGUUCUCACUGCUGUGGGUCUUGAUUCCAAUAAUGGGAUCUACCCACUAACAUAUGCCAUAGUUGAAGCCGAGAACAAAAGCUCAUGGAGUUGGUUUCUAGAGUGUCUAGGUGAAGAUUUGGAGCUGUCUACAAAUUCAAACUUCACAUUUAUUUCUGACAGGCAAAAGGGGAUUUUACCUGCCAUUGCCAACCUAUUCCCUAGCGCUGAACACAGGUUUUGUUUAAGACAUAUUCACGAAAACAUGAAGCUACAAUGGAGGGGGAAGGAGCACAGAGAUCAUUUAUGGGAAUGUGCAACAACAACAACAGUUAGACACUUUGACAGAUUCAUGGAAGAUUUUAACAAGUUCAAUUCAAAGGCAUGUGAUUGGUUAAAGAAAAUUCCACCCAAACAUUGGGCCAGAGCACAUAUUUCAGGAAGAGCACAUACAGAUAUUUUAUUGAAUAAUUUAUGUGAAGUUUUCAACUCAAAGUUGUUAGAUGCUCGAGACAAACCUAUAAUUACAUGUUUAGAAUAUAUUAGGGAAUACUUAAUGAAACGAAUUUGUAUUGUGCAAAAUGUGAUAGAUAAGUCUCAAGGGCCUCUUACCCCAACAGCCACAAAACUUUUAGAUGGAGUUAAGAAAGAUGCUUCUCAAUACACUUGCAUAUUUAAUGGUGCUGAGAAGACUCAAGUUACUGGGACAAUGGGGGAACAAUUUGUGGUUAAUUGGAGGGACAGGAACUGUAGUUGUAGGCAUACAGAGAUCACUGGGAUACCAUGCUCUCAUCUUGUUAGUGCCAUUUGGGAUAAGGUUGAGCAUGGGGCAAAAAAUGUCCCACCUCUUGAGGAGUGGGUACAUCCAUGUUAUAGGUUAAGCACAUGGAAUGAAAUGUACAAGUACAAAGUUCAACCAAUCAAUGGAAGAAGUAUGUGGCCAAAGUCAGAUUGCCCCACAACACUAACACCCCCCAAACAUACUACACAGGUGGGGAGACCAAAAAAGAAGAGAAAGAGAGCUCAAACUGAAGAACCAAAUAAUCAAGGUAAAAGUUUGACCAGGAAGUUCCUUACAGUUACUUGUAGCAAAUGCAAGAACAAGGGUCACAACUCUAGGAGUUGCAAGGGACAAGGGGGACAAACUGAAGUUAGAAAUGUGGUGGCAGGGAGCAAGAAGCUUAGCAAGGCAAAGAAGCAGGGAGAUGGAAAAAAGGAGAAACCCAAAAUGAAGGAGAAAACCAAACUUAAGGAUAAAUCCAAAAUGAAGGAAAAAGUUUGAUUUGUUGUCUUUUGUGUUGUUUGUUAUGGAACCUUAGAAAGGUCUUUUGUGUUGUUUGUUUUGGUACCUUAGAAAGGUCAGACUAAGUUGGUUAUU